ACUUCUAAACCUUCUGCCAGGUAAUGCACCAGCCUUCAACCCCUCCCCCUGCCCACCGAGCCAGCGUGGCCCAGCUGGGUAUAUAAGCACCACGCUGCACACAGCCAGACAUCGUCCCCGACUGGUCCUCACACACUCCAGACAUGAAGCUCGUGCUCCUCGCCUGCCUGGCCGCCGUGGCCGCCGCCGCCCCCCAGUUCGACGCCUCCCGCCCAAUCGUCCUCGUCCUCCGUGACGACCGUCAGGACAACGGUGACGGAAACUUCAACUUCGCCUUCGAGGCUGACAACGGCAUCUACGAGGAGAGGAGCGGCAGCAUCGGGUCGCUGGGCCAGAGCAACAUGCAGGGCUCCUUCAGGUUCCCCCUCCCUGACGGCACCUUCGCCGAGCUUCGCUACGUCGCCGACGAGAACGGCUUCCGCCCUGAGUCCGCCAUGCUGCCCACCCCCCACCCCCUCCCCGCCCACGCCCAGGAGCAGAUUCGCUUUGCCGAGGAACAGCGGGCGCUCGGUGUGGUGUUUGAAUAAUUGUUAAAGACGUUUUCUGAUCGUGAUUUCUAAAACCUAUACGUAAAAUGUACUUCAUCGACCUAUUAUUAGAAUAAAUAAAUACAAUACCUUUAUAAUA